AUGGAUCCUCAUUCUCCAAUUGUUUUGGAUCAAGGUACUGGGUUUGUUAAAAUUGGUCGUGCUGGUGAGAACUUCCCAGAUUAUACGUUCCCAUCUAUUGUUGGUAGACCAAUUUUAAGAGCUGAGGAACGUGCAAGUAUAAGCACUCCUUUGAAGGAUAUUAUGAUCGGUGAUGAGGCCAGUGAGGUUCGUUCUUAUUUGCAAAUUUCAUACCCUAUGGAAAAUGGUAUUAUUAAGAAUUGGACUGAUAUGGAAUUGUUAUGGGAUUAUGCAUUCUACGAGCAAAUGAAGUUGCCAAGUACUUCUGGUGGUAAAGUUUUAUUGACUGAACCUCCAAUGAACCCAUUGAAGAAUAGAGAACAGAUGUGUGAAGUAAUGUUUGAAAAAUAUGAUUUUGGAGGAGUUUAUGUUGCUAUUCAGGCUGUUUUGGCUCUAUAUGCUCAAGGUCUAUCUUCUGGUGUCGUUGUGGAUUCUGGUGAUGGUGUUACUCAUAUCGUUCCUGUUUACGAAUCCGUUGUGUUGAACCAUUUGACUAGAAGAUUAGAUGUCGCAGGUAGAGAUGUUACUAGACAUUUGAUCGAUUUAUUGUCUCGUCGUGGUUAUGCAUUUAAUAGAACUGCUGAUUUCGAAACAGUUCGUCAAAUAAAAGAAAAGUUAUGUUAUGUCUCUUAUGAUCUAGAUCUGGAUACAAGAUUAGCAAGAGAAACAACUACUCUAGUAGAGAAAUAUGAAUUACCAGAUGGUAGAAUCAUUAAAGUUGGUCAAGAAAGAUUUGAAGCCCCAGAAUGUUUAUUCCAACCAAACUUAGUAGACGUGGAAAGCGCAGGUGUCGGUGAAUUAUUGUUUAAUACCAUUCAAUCAGCUGAUGUUGAUGUUAGAAGCUCUUUGUACAAGGCAAUUGUUUUAUCAGGUGGUUCAAGUAUGUACCCUGGUUUACCUUCAAGAUUAGAAAAAGAAUUAAAACAACUAUGGUUCACUAGAGUAUUAAAUAAAGAUCCUUCAAGAUUAGAUAAAUUUAAGGUUAGAAUUGAAGAUCCUCCAAGAAGAAAGCAUAUGGUAUUCAUCGGUGGUGCUGUCUUGGCUAAUAUUAUGGCUGAUAAAGAUCAUAUGUGGUUGUCAAAACAAGAAUGGCAAGAAAGUGGACCAGCGGCUAUGUCAAAAUUCGGUCCAAGAUAA